AUGACAGAAUCAACAGCAAUGGCGUCGAAUGACGAUGACGAACCACUUUUAAAUACAAUAGUAGAUAAUUCUACUACUAGUAAUCGUCGAUGUCCAACAUGUCAAGGAACAGGUUCAGUAUCAACAUCACCUGGUCUUGUUGCCUUAAUUCCAGUUGAUGAUGUUCGACUUAAACGACGGCAUACAUUUUUGUGGAUAGUAUUAACAAUAUUUUUUUGUACACUUAUAGCCUUGGCAGUUAUUGCAACUAUUCUUCCACGUUCUGUACAUUUAUCUAUAAAAAAUCCAAUUGUUAUCGAUGCUACAGAUGAUUCAGUACGUAAUUCAACUGAUUAUCGUCUUACAUUUAUACAUCAAUCAAAUAUUCAAUCAGAUAAUUGGGUACCUAUACGUUUGAUUAAUUUAACAACAUUAGUUGAACAUCAACUAGUACCAAUUGGUCCAAAUGCACAAAAAAUAUAUAGUCAUCAAAUGUAUUUACGACCAUUGGGAACAAUACAAUCUAAUCUUACUGUUCAACUUGAUUUUAAUGAAAAUUCCAUGGCUUAUCGUGCUUGUCAAGGAAUAUUUCGACAAAUGCUUUUAUUUAAAGUACAAACGAUAUUAACUUAUGCAGAUUUUCUUCUUGGCCGCAUUCAAACAACUAAUAAUGUUUCUUAUCAAUAUGUUUUAUGUAAUAGAGGAGAAUGGAAACCACAUGAAACUGUUUUAGUAAAUAUGACAACAAGUAAUUCAAUGAAAAUUUAA